GAGACGGUUGCAAAGCUUUUUUGUCGUCAGUUACUUUUAACCUAACGAACGAUUCACUUUGUUGAAAAUCUUACACUACAUUAAUCGGAUUCAAAUACGAAAUGAAAAACUUUAUCUUAUUUUGCUGCAUUGUUGCUACGGCUGUAGCGUUUCCUGCUCCGCAAGGUCUUCCAACACCGGUCCUACAAUCUAACGUGAGAAACGUCAUUGAUGUACCUAUCGUGUGUCCACCGAAUCAAAAACCAGAUCAUAAUGGACGUUGUAGAGAAGUGUGGCGAAUUGCUAGACUGACUAAAUACAUUGUUUGCCCGAAUGGACAGAUCCCCAAUCUGCGUGGAUUGCGUUGUGACCCUAUCGACACUGAUGCGAACGAUAAAAACGUCAUAGAUGUACCUGUUGUUUGUCCCGUCGGUCAAAAGCCUGAUCAAAACGGUAAAUGCAGAGAAGUAUGGACUUUGAGUGACGUGGACGAUAGAAAUGUUAUUGAUGUGCCUGUGGUUUGCCCGGUCGGUCAAAAGCCUGAUCAAAAUGGAAAAUGCAGAGAUGUAUACACCGCACGUUCUGGGGUGGAUACACAAAAUGUGAUUGACGUACCCGUCGUCUGUCCACCAAAUCAAAAACCCGAUCAAAACGGAAAAUGCAGAGAACAAUGGAAUAUUUUUGGAAUUGAAGUAGUACCGGGAUUAGAAAUUGAUUAAAUCAUAGGGAAAAAAUGUCUUGCCGAAUGAUUGUUGUUGCUUUGUAAUUAUUCUUUACUUUUAAGUACUUUAAGUAC